GGCUCUGGUGCGACCAUGGCCAAGUCCAAGAACCACACCACGCACAACCAGUCCCGCAAGUGGCACAGAAAUGGCAUCAAGAAACCCAGGUCCCAUCGAUAUGAAUCUCUCAAAGGGGUUGAUCCCAAGUUUCUGAGGAACAUGAGAUUUGCAAAGAAACACAAUAAGAAGGGGUUGAAGAAGAUGCAGGCCAACAAUGCCAAGCAGGCAGCUCAGCAGGCUGCUCAGCAGAAAAAGGACUAAUGGGAUUUAAUGAAAAGAACCGAUUUUCCUAUUAGCAUGUGUUACAGCAUUUUUUUAAAAUAAAAUUGUAUGUAACAAAAUCUUCAUCUUCUGAA